CCCGGCCCCUGGAGCGCCUUCUCCCCCGGCCCAGCACUGCCCUGGUGGGCACCGGCUGAAACGGGAAUGGAGGGAGGCAGGCAGGCACCCAGAGACGCCAGGAGUGCGGCUGGAUGCCCCCUGCCUGCUUCCUUCUUUUCUCUGCCUCUGUCCGCCUCUGGCCUCCCCUCCCUUUCUUUGUCUCCCCUCUGCGCGGUGCUGUCCUAUUUAUUCCACUUCCCAGCAUUCUUUCUGCCUCUCUAUGGCUCUGUCCAUUUCUGUCUGGCCAUUCUGUCUGCUCUUUUCUCUGUCUCUCUCGGUGCAUGCCUGUCUCUGUUUGGCUCUGUCUCUGUCCUUCUGAGUCUCUGGUCCUUCUCUCUUCAUCCAUCUCCCCCACUACACCUGCCCACCCGCAUUCCCAUCCUGACACUUGCUGCCUCCACUCUGACCUGGCCAUCUGGAGUCCUGGCCAGGGUGACCCCGAGGGAAGGAUCUCAGGGGCAGGGGGAGACGGUGGGACGGUGCAGAGAAGGGCUUCUGGGCCGUGGGAAGAGCACACAUGGAAGCCUGGGGCUGCCCCGGGAGGUGGGGGAGACUGGCAGGGGCUGGCCACAGAGCUCCACCUUAGAGAUGUUGGGCAGAGGACACACUGGAGCCAUAAGUGUAACCCUGGAGUUCAUGGAGGUCGUGCUUGUCGGGCCACCGAGGCUGGUCUGCCAAGCCUGGGUGAUGUUUUGAGAGCAGGAGCCUCAGAUGCUGGUCCUGGAGACUCAAGACUGUAAACUUUACGAGGGCGUUGUUCAUCCUCUUCACUGCUGCCUGGCACAUAGUAGUCUGGGUUGGAGGAGGUGGAGCCAUGACCGAGGGGACCGAAGAUGCUGGCUGAAGGAGCAGGCUGGGUGGGGGACACCUUCGGGAGGUUCUGGGCUCCUAGGGUGGACAGUGAAACACUGGCCUGACCAGCUGAUGCCCACUGCCAUGGACAGUCCUGAGGGAGCCCCACUCCCUGACACUGAGCGAGGACAUGGUCGCCCCAACCCAGCCAGUCAGGUUGUACUGUGUGACCCUGAGGCCAUGCUGCAGGAACCACUGUGCCAGCUUGGGCAGCGUGUCAAGAGAAGCACAGAGGAGAGAGGAGAGGAAAUCAGGCAGCACCUCUCCUACCUUGUACAUUCUCUUGGCCCAAGCUGUGCCCCUGCCAAAGGCACCAUCCACACCCCUCUCUGCGGCUCCAGCCCAACUGGAAUUCCAGCCUCCUCCAGGAAGUCUUCUCGGAUGCCCUCCUGCCCAGCCAGUGAGCACCGCAUCCUCUUGUGGGUCCCCACAAGCCCCUCUACUGUGAACAGCCUUGGCUGUGGGGUAUAGCCAGUCGCUUAGGAAAUCUCAAAUGACUGAAGGUGGAGACUGGGGAACGCAGCCCUCUCCCCGUUCUCCAGCGGCGUUCUGUGUUCUACCCUUUUCCCCAAAUAUCUCCUCUCAUUGCAUCUGUGCCCGCCCCCUUGGCGUGCCCUCCCUUAAUGCCUUGCCCCCUGCCUGCUGCAUGGGGUUUCCUGGUUGUGUUGGAAGGACUCUGGUCGAGUAGGCAGAGAUCUGGGGGCCCCUGUGCCUGGUAGAGCACUGAGGCUUGGGUGGUAAUCUUUUCUUUUUCUUUUUCUCCAUCGCACUCAUUUUUAUUGUGACAAUAAAGCACGUUUUUGCGCGGUCCCA